AUGCCGAGCGCCGUCUCAGCCCCCAUGACCCUCUAUGACAAGGUCCUACGUGACCAUACUGUCGACGAAAAGGAGGAUGGCACCAUCCUGCUGUACAUUGAUCGCCACCUUGUUCACGAGGUCACAUCUCCCCAAGCCUUUGAGGGCCUAAAAAAUGCUGGCCGCCGGGUUCGGAGACCUGACUGCACCCUGGCCACGUUCGAUCACAACGUCCCUACGGCUCCCCGUACCAACUUCAAGGACAUCUCUAGCUUCAUCAAGGACAACGACUCGCGUACUCAGUGCGUCACCCUCGAGGAGAAUGUCCGUGACUUCAACCUCACCUUCUUCGGCCUCACCGACAAGAGGCAGGGCAUCGUCCACAUCAUUGGCCCCGAGCAGGGCUUCACCCUCCCCGGAACCACAGUCGUCUGCGGUGACAGUCACACGUCGACCCAUGGCGCCUUUGGCUCCCUGGCCUUUGGUAUUGGCACCAGCGAGGUCGAGCACGUUCUCGCCACACAGACGCUUAUCUCCAAGCGCAGCAAAAACAUGAAGGUCCAGGUCGACGGCGAGCUGGCCCCCGGUGUCAGCAGCAAGGAUAUCGUCCUCUACGUUAUUGGACAGAUUGGCACGGCCGGCGGUACUGGCUGCGUCAUUGAGUUCUGCGGCUCCGCCAUCCGCUCUCUCAGCAUGGAGGCCCGCAUGUCCAUCUGCAACAUGUCCAUUGAGGGCGGUGCCCGCUCUGGCAUGAUUGCCCCCGACGACAUCACCUUUGACUACCUCCGCGGCCGUCCCCUGGCCCCCGAGCCCGACAGCGACGAGUGGAAGCGUGCCAUCAGGUACUGGUCCACCCUCAAGACCGACGAGGGCGCCAAGUUUGACAAGGAGAUCUACCUCAACGCCAAGGACAUCCCUCCCACCAUCACUUGGGGCACCUCUCCCCAGGAUGUCGUUCCCAUCAACGGUGUCAUCCCCGGCCCCGACGACUUCACCGAUCCUGACCGCAAGAAAGCCUGUAUCCGUGCUCUUGAAUACAUGGGUCUCACGGCCGGCACCCGCGUCGAGGACGUCCCCAUUGACAAGGUCUUCAUCGGCAGCUGCACAAACGCCCGUAUUGAGGACCUGCGAUCCGCAGCCAGGAUCGUCAAGGGCAAGAAGAUUGCCCCCAACGUCAAGCGUGCCAUGAUCGUCCCCGGCUCCGGCCUGGUCAAGGACAUGGCCGAGAGCGAGGGUCUUGACAAGAUCUUUGUGGAUGCUGGAUUCGAGUGGCGUGAGGCUGGCUGCUCGAUGUGCCUGGGAAUGAAUCCUGAUAUUCUGGCUCCCCUGGAGCGUUGCGCGUCGACGUCGAACCGCAACUUCGAGGGUCGCCAGGGUGCUGGCAGCAGGACCCACCUGAUGUCGCCAGUCAUGGCCGCUGCCUGCGCCAUUGUCGGCAAGCUGGCUGAUGUUCGCAAGGUCGCCGAAGGUGACUCGGCGUCGCCAGUUAAGGCUGCGGUGCCUCAGAUCUCGGUGAUUGAGGAGGCUGCCAUGGAGGAGAUGGCCUCGGAUGAGGAUCUGGACCGCAUGAUGGACGCCCCGGAGGACGAGUAUCAGAACGACGUCGCCAAGACGGGAGCCCCCUCGUCGUCGGCCGGCAUGGCCAAGUUCACGCAGCUCAAGGGUAUCGCUGCCCCCAUGGAGCGCGCCAACGUUGACACGGACGCCAUCAUCCCCAAGCAGUUCCUCAAGACUAUCAAGCGAUCCGGUCUGGGCUCUGCCCUCUUCUACCAGUGGCGGUAUGACGAGUCGGGCAAGGAGAACCCCGACUUUGUUCUAAACCAGGAGCCCUACCGGUCCUCCAAGAUCCUGGUGGUGACAGGCCCCAACUUUGGCUGCGGCUCGAGUCGUGAGCACGCCCCCUGGGCCCUCCUCGACUUUGGCAUCCGUUGCAUCAUCGCCCCCUCGUUCGCCGACAUUCACGAGACGAACCUGUACAAGAACGGUAUGCUGCCCAUAAAGCUGGGACCGGAGCCCCUGGAGCGUGUGGCCGAGGAGGCCCGCGCCGGACGCGAGAUCGAGGUCGACCUGGAGGCCCAGGUGGUGCGCGCCGCCGACGGCUCGCAACUAGCGGCCUUUGACGUCGAGCCCUUCAAGAGGCACUGCCUGAUCAACGGCCUCGACGACAUUGGCCUGACGGCUCAGCUCGAGGGCAAGAUUCGUUCGUUUGAGAAACGCCGCACCCGCAUCACCCCCUGGCUUGACGGGUCGGGCUACCUCAAGCGUACAGGCCCCGUCAAGAUCGCGGCUGUGCCCGUGCCGAAAACAAAUAGGGGCGAGGUCAAGAGCGACCCAUUGCAAUGGUAA